GAAACAAAGCGGGAAUCAUGGGAAUUCUGCUCGAUCUUUGGAAAACCGGAAGUGGAGGGAGAUUCGAAACACAGCGGAUUACAGACGCGCGAUGUGCUUAUUAAAAGCAUGGCAUGAUGCUGAAUGCUGCAGGGCGGAGAGCGUCUGGACGUCCUCCCAAACUCACCAGAAGUGCCAAGAAUGGAAGUGAAGCUGGAGGUUUUGCUGUCGUCCAGCAUCAAGCGCAGGAAGCCGUGGCCCAGAUUCUGCUGGCUGGGCAGAGAAAAGGAAGGGGUUUUUCUAUUAGAUGACAACCGAAUCAGUGAAAUCCAUUUGUCAUCAGGACGGACCAAAAAGAAGACCCCCAAACUCCAGCCGCUGCUGCAGAGGGUGGUGACCAUGUCAGCGUCUCAGAACGGCAUGUGGCUGGUGGGUCUGCUGGUCUCUGGUGAACUCUUCCUGUGGAAUAAAGACAAGGAUUUAUUGAAGACGGUCUCCGCUGUUCCUGAAGUUCAUCAGCUGCUUUCUCACAUCAAAGCCUCACUGUCUCCAGUUCCUCUUUCUCUGCUGGUUUCGGAGUCUGCUCAGAGAGUGGUGCUGGCCGCUCUUACCGGACAGGUUUUCCUCUGGGAGUGUUCAGCACCUCAGGAUCUGAGCGGGCCACGGGACGGGAUCAUCGCGGGCCACUGGAGUCAGAUAUCCUGCCAGGAAAACACUCCGCUGCCCUCCACAGCAGACAAAGAGGCUUCCCUUCACUGUGUGUUUGUGAAGAGCCAGGCUGUUGGUGACGUGUGUCUGAGCGCAUUCGUCUUCACUGCUGAAGCGCAGCUCAUCGUCACCUUCCUGAAGAUCCAGUGGGACUCCACAUGGGACAGUAAACUCGGUUCAGCAGGUUUCCGAGUGGACUGGAUCUCGAAGAGUUACCCGCUGAACCAGCUCCAGCCUCCGUGUAAACCGGUGAAGUCCAGAGGUGCUCUGGUCCCAGCGUUCUCUCCAGACGGUCAGCUGCUGGCAGUGGUGCUAAACCAGAAAGACCCCAGGGCUACCCAGGUGAUGUUCAUCAGCACGCUGAACUUUGUGACCGUGUCCAGUCUGUUAGGAGGAUGCGGCGUGAAGGUGCUCAGUAUACCAGCUAAAUAUGUCAGGUCGUACUGGGUUUGCUGUGUGAGCUGGAUGGCAGAAGGCCUUUAUCUGGCCUGUGUGCUGAAGCGAGGCUCUCUGCUCAUGCUGGCUCGUCUGGCCGGACUCGUCUCUCUCUCCACCACAGGAAGUAGCCUGGAGUUCAGCGCUAGUCACUUCCUGCCUCUUCACCCUCUGGUCACUUACAGGCCUCCAGGCUCCCAGCAGGCAGAAGACGGUGGCCAGUGCAGCUCCAGCAUGUCUCUGCGGGACCCCCUGAGGCAGCGCUACUCCGUCACCUGCCACCAUCUCCAGCCGUUCCUCCUGGUGUCGGACGGCUACAUGGUGACGGUGCUGCGGAUGAGCAGACGGCCGAGUGCUGCUGCGCUGGUGAGCAGCCUGCUGAUGGACGCCGCACAGGGGCUGGAGGACAUGCGCAGGAGUCUGGCAGCAGCUCAGCCUCAGGCCAGGUCGUGGCUGGAGUCCAUGUCCUCUCUGACGCUCACUGGAAGUUUUGUGGCUCUGAAAGAGAAAGAAUCGCUGCUGUCCACUUUACCUCUGUACCUGCAGGACACUGGAGACUCAGAGAGAGCUCAGGAUGAGGAAGACUCUGAUGAAGCUCCGUGUGUGCGCUCGCACAUGGAGGAUGAAGGCCGGCUGGAGUUUGCGAGUAUGUUCGACACUCUCCACGCUCACACACACUCUCCCACACACGCCGAACCCUUGGAUCUGAAGGGUCUCCAUAGGAGCGUCAUCACGGCCUGGGCUCUGUGUGUUUCUCUGAGCGUCCCGCAGCCAGAGCGACUCCUCCGCUUCUCAAUCCUCUGCAUCGGUCGACUCAUGAAGCUCCUCCAGCUCUCAGACUCCAGCAGGAGGACUAGAGGAUCAUGGGUAACCCCCACCAUCCACACCUUCAGGACUCUGCUGGGUUUUCUGCCAUGGGACGCCUCUCGUUCCUGUCUGAAUAUCGCAGUGGAGCUCUGCAAGUGUUUCGUGGAGAUGUUCCUCCCGAUUUCUGCAGCUGUUUCCUCGCAGAGCUUCAGCGCGGCUCUGUUGGUCCUUCAGCAAGCAUCUCAGAGUAUAAACCAGACCUACAGCCUCCUUCAGAGAGCAGUGCAUUAUGGGGAGAAUGACCAGCUAAUGUAUUCAUCUGACAUGUUUUCGGUUCCAGUGUUACGGGAAGAUGCAGGGAUGCCGCUACAGACAGCACCUUCUAAAAGAUUGCUGGUCAUUUGGCGUGAGGUCUACAGACAGGCUUUGGGCUAUCAGGAAGAGUUACGUCACAGCAGAGGUCAAGCUGGUGUAAAGGGCGAGAUUGAGAAGAUGUCACUGAUCAUACCUCAGAUCCAGCAAGCUUUACAGUCAGCUGGAGAGCGUCUGGAGGAGAGCCACGCGCUGCGCUGUUUCACCGGUGAACAGCACUUCAUUUUAGGAGAAUAUUCAGAGAGUGUCCGGGUGUGGAGGAAUCAACUGUGGGCCGAGAGAGAGAGAGCGGGCCCGAUGGCGUGUUAUAUGGAGACUCGCUGCUGUCUGGCUCUCCUCUACUGUCAGCUGUUUCAGUAUCGCCUACGGGACGCUCAGGCUCUCUGUGACCGUCUGGCUCUGCUGCUUCAUCCACAGACUGGACCAGAGGAACAGCAGACAGAAUGCGAUGAGCUGGUGUUGGAUGCUGUUGGUCGUGAAGCGGCCUGCGCUGUGGUUCAGUCUCUGGCCAGGUUCAUGGCUGCGUAUUUCACCAACCAGCCACUCUUCAUCCUCCCGCCACACAAUGUAGAUGUGCUGCCACCACUGCAUUUACCACAACCGGCUGCUGCUCGUGUUGUGGAGCUGUCCCAGAGCCGUGUGUCGAUGUCGCUGCGCUCAGAUCAGUUGUCGGAGGUCUGGACGGUGGAUUACGCUCUGGAGCUGCUCCUGCUUGGCGGCCUGAUGCCUGAGGCUGUGUGGAUGGCACAGCGUCUGGGAGACUGGAAGAUGGCCGCUUCCCUCAGCCUGGCCUACAGCAGAUACUGCAGCAGCCGGCUGGACUUCAGCAGGCUGCAGUGGAGGGAGCUGCAUCUUCCCUCAGAGCUGAAGCCUGCUGAGAUCUUCCAGGAGCAGCUGGAGGUCCUGCUGAGUCCAGCGCUGGAGUCUGAAGGAGAGACGCACUCUGACGCGGCAGAUGUUGAGGAUGUGGACACUCUGCAGGCUUCAGUGCAGGAGAUCCUGAAGGCGUCUGUCAUGGCGGAGCUGGACGUUCUCUCUCAGCCUAUUACAAGUCUGCUGGACGCGGCCAAAGAGAGAGCGACAUCACUUUCUGCGCUGGUUCCUGCUGCCUUCUACCUGCCUGCUCCUCCUCUGUACUGUCCGCAGCCUUCAGCAAACACACAGGACCAUAUAGAGGAUCCGGCUCUGCUUCAGGAAAGAGCGUGUCGUUCUCAGGUGUCUGGUCUCCUCCAGAAGCUCCUGCUGCUCUUCAGGGCGUCCCACAGCUCUCGUCCUGCAGCGCAGUGGUACAUCAGCAGCCUGAAACAGUGCAGACACGCACUCAACAAGAUCCAGAAGAGAGCAUCCGUGCCUAAAGCUGAGCUGAUUCCUGACGGACUGAAGAAGUUUUCCACCCAUGAUGGAUUCUUCCAUUCUGGAGACCCGGACAGUGUGACUGCGCAGAUCAUUAUGUGUUUCCGUGAGUUGUGUGCGCUCUGCUGGAUGCUGCACGUCAGAGACCAGCUCAGCGUCUCCUGUAGAAAAUACCAGAGCGCGAGAAAACAGGAGAAAAGCACUCAGCUGAGUGCUAGGAGUGUGUCAGAUCUGUGUGUGGAGGCUCUCUGCUGGGCUCGCCGUCUCCUGCCCUUCUGCCGCUUCCUGAACGCAGAGGAAACCUUGCAGGAUUUAGUGCUCAGCCUGCUGUCUGAACUCACACCCAGCCGUCUGACAGCAGAAACUCUGGCGAGAGUGUUUCCUGAUGAGCUGGAGUCUGUACGUGUGCCGCUGCGGGAGAAAUACACUUCACUGCUGCAGAGACUGAGGCCUGUGAUGGUGCCAGUAAACAGCACAGCAGAUGAAGACGGUGAAAGCGUGAUGGUUGUGGUCCAGGAUGAGCUGCGGCGGUGGCGGCGGGAGCUCCAGCGGCGGGAGAAAAGUGUGUGCGCUGCGGAGCCGUAUCUGUGGGAGAGAGAAGAGGAGGAGGACAGAGGAGCUGCUGGCGUCUCAAUACUGCACAGACUCUCGUUAGGGACCAGUCUGAGCGACAGCACACUGACCGAUUGCGGACGACCACUAGUUUACAGUGAAGGAGACACACUGUCUGAGCCCCUAACCCCACAGCAGCACAACAACAGCAAAUCAAAGCUUCACGAUGCGCCUGAGAAAUCGACACGGCACAGAAAAGGAAAGAGAUCAUGCUCGAUUGAACCCAGCGAAUCAAAACCAAGAGCGCCAACUGUGGGAAGCUGGGACUUUGAGCUGGAGGACGACGAGUUCCUGCUCUUCUUAGAUUUAUUUCUCAGUUACGUUCUGGAGAAGGACAGACUGGAGGCGGAGGAGUUUCCUUUACUGAGCAGUUUCUGCCAGCCGCUGCGCUCUCAUGAGCUGCACUCGGUAAACUUCGACAUGUUGACCGCUCUCAGACGCCGACAAAGAGACGGACGCAAGACCAGCACACAUCUACCUCUGUUUCGGGCAGGACGCUGCUUUCAGACUGUCCCCAUCACUCCUGAACGUCCGCAAUCUGGCACAACUACAAACACCGGUGGUCCUCAUGGGAAGCAUCAGGGUCUGUUUAGUCUUCGUCAGCAGGCUGCAUUAACGCCCAAAGGGAAUCUCUCAGACGUUAAGAUUGUUCCUCAAGCUGAAGUGGACGUUCAGAUAGAGCUGGACUCUUCUCUGGAAAGCAGAUUUCCUGAUCUGGCUCGGCUGCUGGAGUGGAUGAUGCGCUGGGCUGAGCGGCGGGUCCUGCUCAGGAAGACCACAGAGGGACGGGGUUUAGUAGUCAUGAGGGUCAGAGGGUCAAGUCCUGCAGUGCUGACAGCACUGGAGCUGCUGGAGCGGAGAUACAGCGCCGCCCUGCUGGGAGAAAACACUCAUCACACACACUCUACACAUCGCUCUGAACUCCGUCAGAGGGAGGAGUCUGAUGUUCCACUGCUGCCGUCAAUCACAGACUGGAGGCGGAGCCAAGAGAGCAACCCGGACACCAGUGACACGAGGUCAGCAGAGAUGCCAAUAACACACCAGCACAGCCAGAGCCACGAUGUGGAUGAAGCUGAGGGUGUGGAUGAAACAGAAGAUCUUCUGUCUGAACACGAGGACACGCUGAUCUCUGAUCAGCAGAGUCACAUCACUGAGCUCAGAGGAGACGUCAGACACACAACUGCAGCUGAACACGGUGAGAGCAGUGUUGAUGAUGUCACUGAGCUGUCAUUGGCCAAUCAGAGCAGAGCACACAGAGAUCAGGCAUUAACAAUGGCCGAUCUGGAGAGUCAGGACUCAGAUGAGCAGUCAUUACAGUCACUAUCUGAGGCUGAUGAUCAGGUGUCUUCUGGAGCACACAGAUGUGAGGCUUCUGAAUCUGAACCGUCACGGAUGAUGAAAGCGGUGCAGACUCAGAGCGGUGCUCCUCCUGAAGCUCACAGGGAAGCACAGAGCGACGGCGUCCGACAGCUGCUGCAGGAUGAGCUCUUCAGACUGGUGCAGCUCCAGCAGAUCAACUUCAUGAGCCUCAUGCAGGUGGUCGGAGCGUCUUUCGCAAACCUGCCGCUGCCUCAAGCAAACCUGCAUCAGCCCGGUGGGAUUCCACCACAGCCCAGCUCGAUUACCCAGAAUAUCCAGCAAAACUUCCGAGAUGACACCAAUCAGCCAACACAAGCAUGCAGGCCUGACAGAGUGGCUAACAGCCAGGAUGAUGACCAGAGGGCUGAAAUGGAGCAGAGAAACCCACCCUGCAAAACUCAGGAAAUCGAGCACUUGACCAUUCGCUCAGACUGGCCAGAGGACGCUCAAACCAACAGCAGGAGUUUCAUCCCUACAUCUCAAGGGCUUCUGACCACAGCUGAUCAUCAGGCAUCCGGUAGCAAGAAAGUCUCUGAAGGCCAGCCGAGAGCAGCUCCACAAGCACAUGGACUCAGACUCCUGCAGCUCCAUCCUCCUCAAACUCUCCUGCCCAGACCUGCUGCUCCUCCUCCUCCACAUCAUGCUCCUUUUCCUCAUGCUCCUCCCUCUUCUUAUGCUCCUCCCCCUGUUCAUGCCACUCCUCCUUAUGCUCAGCCCCCUCCCUCUUCUCACGCUCCUCCUCCUCCCCAUCAUGCUCCACCUUCUCUGCAUGCUCCGCCUCUUCAUGAUCCUCCCACUGUUCAUGCCCCUCCUUCUCCUCAUGCUCCACCUUCUCUGCAUGCUCCUCCCCUUCAUUCUCCACCUUCUCGGCUUGCUCCUCCUUAUCAUGCCCCUCCUCCACAUUCUCAUGCUCUGCCUCUUUCCCAUGCCCCUCCUCCACAUGCUCCGCCUCCUCCUCAUCUCCCAGUGAAGCAGGCCUGGGGUCAGUCUGGAUCUGCCUUGGGAGUAGAUUAUUCUGCAGCUCCUCCAUCACAUCUCCCUCAGAGGACUGCAGGAGCUCCUGAAUCUCUCCGUUUGCCUUCUGCUGCUCUUAGAUCAGCUCCUGUCGGCCUGCCUCUGCUCAGAUUUCACCCUGAUGCCCAGAGACCCGUCACGCUGCCUCAUAUCCCACAAACCCCUGCGCUGAAACCACCCAAUCUGAGCUCCACUGCAGCAAAUCAGUAUUAUCCCAGAAUUCAGCUGCUGCACCGAGAGCCGGAUCCUCCUUGUUUGCGGUUCAGCUCUGCGCCGGUACGAACCCCUCGCCUCAUCCCGCUGGAGGAUCUGCUGAGAUGGAGCUCAGUGAAGCAAACCAGAGCAGAGCCCAAACUACAGCUAAUCAAGACUGAACCCGUCCCGCAGAACCAGAGCUCCAGCAGCCCGUCCAGCAAGAGAAAGAAGAGGAGAGAGGAGAAGAACCAAGAGCAGAAGCCUGGAGUCACCUUCAGACCCGAGGACUCCAUCAUUCCUCCAGAUGAGCCUGCAGAAGAUGAGCCAGAUCAGGAUGAUGGAUACACCAUUCCUUCAGGUGUGUUUGACUCUGAGUUGAGUGGACUGCCGUUGUUGGAUAAAGCUUACGUGACGUCAGCUGAGCUUCACGCGUUUGCUUCGACACAGAAAAGACCUGCGGAGAUCCAGGACGCCUCCACAAACACUGAAGCAGAUCCGCCUCGCUCCAUCACAGAUAAAGCCGUUUCUGUCCAGAUUCCUCCAUCUCCCAGCAUGCCAUCUGCUCCUGAAGGAGGACUGCUCGAUGUUGCUCCAGUUGUUCCUCCAGACGUCUUCAUGAACCUUCGGUACGCUAAAGAAAAACCAUCAGACCAACCGGAGAACAGCAGCCGUCCAGAGUCAGAUCAUGGAGGAGUUACUGUGAGUCCUGAGGGACGGAGGUUCAUCAAUGUGGUGGAUCUGACAGACGAGUCUCUUCUGGAGAAUCUGCCUCAGUCUCCGCCCACAUCUGCUCAACUCCACCUACUGGCAGCAUCUGUCGUAAACCACGCCCCUAACCCCUCCCACACCUUCACCCCAAACACGCCUGAAGAGAUUCCAGAGCCCUCAGUAGUGUGCACGUCUCCUGAAGCUGUUCUUAGUGGAGACCCCGUGACUCUGAGUGUCCUGGCUGGCAUCCGAGCUCCCCGAUACUCCCUAGAGCAAGUAAUGACCAACGUUCGGGCUUCCCGGGACCCCCUGGAGCAGAUAAUGAUGUCCCGGAGUCAGAUCUCAGCACGGCUCUCAGAGAUGGACAAUCAGCUGCUCAGACUGCAGAGCAUCGCUGACCACAUGGACAGAGAGUUUGCUAAUACCCGACUGCUGGUGAACCAUAUUGAGACGCACAGUCCCUUACUGACGGCCAGUGUGGAGAAGAAACCCCUGUCCAGCUCUCUCAGAGUCAUACAAGAAGUGAGGAGUUUCUGUCCUUCAGCUCAUCAUUCUGGAGCGACGGCAGAUCCACAGAGAGGAGACCAGGAGCUUCUGUCUUCACCUGAGCUGAGAUCAGUUCAUCAUCUGCACUCUCCUCUGACAGUGAAACCAGAGCAGUGUGAUCCAGAUACUAAUCAAGAUUUGAUGGCGUCUUUGCUGGAGGAUCCUGGAAGAGCGGCGGAUGAGACUCUCGGCGUGAGCGGCCUCAGUGACGUCAAAGACAUUCUCAGCGAGUUAAUCAGAGAUGGGGCUUUAUCCCGCUCGGUGCUGGGUCUGUCCCGCUCAGAUACGCUUCAUCCGAGCAGGUCUGGAGUCAGGAUGGAGGAUCAGCGCAGAGAUGUGAGGAUGUGGAUGAGGAGGAAACAGAGAGAGCGGUUGAGCGAGUACCGCAAACAGAGAGAAGAAAAGAGAGAGAGAGAACGCAGACCCUUCGUAUCUCCACAUACACGCACGGUGACUUCUGUGGAUCUGGCGGCCAACAGGAAAACUAAAGAAGAGCGAGACAGGCUGAUUCUGCAGGAGCAUCAUGAACAGAGAGCUCGAGACGCCUGCAGCCUGAUCUCAGACCUGCUCAACACGCCGCUCCAUCAGCACACACCAGCCCAGCACACACUCAGGAGCAGAAGUCAGUCCUCUGGGAAGCAGAAGAGAUUUUCAAGCAGUCCGAGCGGCGCACACACACUAGGAAAGACUGUUGUUCUUCAGAGGAAACCUGCGGUGAAACCCCACGGCUCACUGAGCGGCAGACUCGGCCUGCACAGACCAGCCAGUGCUCUGCCAGCAGAUCGGCUCUCUCAGGUCACUCGCCGCGGGAUGCUGAGCGACAACAGAAACAGACAGAACAGGAGCGUUCAGCACAAGAUGGGCAGUGGUGUGCAGUCAUCCUCCGUGAAGCAGGAUCUGCAGGCGGGUGUUGAGGAUACUAAUGAACUGAACACUGAGAGUGUGUGGAGUCCUGCAGAUCAAGAGCACAGGAUCCUCAUGCUGGACCCGCAGCACAACACACCGGAUCUACUGGAUCUGGACGCUCUCUCUCCGCUCAGCUCAGGCAGUGUGUUGAGUCGGCUGGACUGGGCUGAAAUCGAGCGUUUGGUGGCGGACGAACAACAGCAGGACUGAAGCUUCUUCUGCCUCCAGAUGUUGCACAGCUGCAGAUCUCCACUGUGAAGGAUUGUGGGAUUUGUGUACGACUGGAGCAUUUGUGUUGAGGGCACAGAUUCCAGCACAAUAAACAGAGAUGGCUCAUGCUGGGAUUGCUUUACUGAUACCUGACAGCACACAGGACCAUUUACUUUAAUGUGAUUAUCUGUAAAUAAAAGCGUCGUCUUGCAUUUCUAAGAUUCGCUGUUGAAAAUCCUUUAAUAAAAUGUCAAGCUGAA